ACUUGCGCACCCGGGGUGCAAAAGAGGGAGAGCACAGCUCCUGCGGCCGCUGUGCUGGGAACAAGGACAUUGAUCGCUGGUCUCGCUCCACCCCCGUCAGACUUGAGGAUCGAGUGAGUCGAGCGGAGCACUCGCCAGCAGACACACGUCCGAGCAGCAGCACCGACCGCGUCCGCGCCAGCACCAGAAGCAUCUCAGCCAAGAUGAGUUCGUCGCAGAUCGUGGAGCUGAACGUGGGCGGCGUGAUUUACGCGAGCAGCCAGAGCACGCUGAGCUCGGAGGACGCGGCCAACCUGAAGCAGAUCAUGAGCACCAGCCCCAAGGACUCCAAGGGGCGAGUGUUCAUCGACCGGGACGGUGUUCUGUUCCGCUAUGUGCUCGACUAUUUGAGGGACAAGAAAAUCUGCUUGCCCGAGAAUUUCCAAGAGAAGUGCAGACUGCUCCGCGAGUUCGAGUUCUUCAACAUGGAGAACGCCAAGAAGGAUCUGCAGGGUGUGGACCAAGAAAUGCGCGACGUGUCUCAGAGCAGCCAAACGCCCGGCCGCGGCUACAUCACGGUGGGCUACCGCGGCAGCUUCGCCUUCGGCAGCGCCGGCAUGGCCGACGUCAAGUUCCGCAAGUUGUCGCGCAUCCUUGUGUGCGGCCGCGUGACCAUUUGUCGCGAAGUUUUUGGCGAGAGUCUGAACGAGAGCCGCGACCCCGACCACGGCGAGAGCGACCGGUACACGAGCAGGUUCUUCCUCAAGCACUCCUCCAUGGAGCAGGCCUUCGACUGCCUUCAGGAAGCUGGAUUCAAAUGUGUUGCGAGCUGCGGAUCGGGGACAGCAGGUGCUCUCAACGAGCCAUUGAAGCCUGGCAUGGAUGCCGAGGAGAACAAGUGGAACCACUACAAUGAGUUUGUAUUCGUCAGAGAGUAAAGAGUGUCCUCGACAACGGGUUUUAAUCACGCUGUACUUAUUCACUACCGACGCAAAUCUUUAGAAUUAAGGCCACUGGCGCGGAAACACGUCAACAACUCUUACUUCUCAUCGCUUCGAAUUCUUCUCUCUGACGAAAAAUAUAACAUUUAUAUUUCUCUUGCGCACGUACCAAAAAAAGAAAACGAGAUUUUGCUACGAAAGAACGAACGUCGGAUCUAUAUAGAAAUAAAAAAAAACGAAAAUCACCGUCGCGUGUUCCUUGACACUCUCGUCGGCUGGCAGGACUGUCUUUGUGAGAUUUGUCUCGUGUGUGUGCACAAUCUGACCUAAAGUUAGUGCUAUGUAAUCAAUCGUUAGCGUUCGUACCGGAGAAAGCGGUGUCUUUGUAAAUAUUUCAAUUUCCGUGAAAGUCGGUUGGCGCAUGCGCAGUUUUGAAACGGGAUUUGACUUUGCGCAUGCGCAGAUGCAUUUAUCCAUGUAAUUAGGAUUUCACGUGGUUUUUUGAAAGAAUUUUCAAUAUGGUUUAAGUGAAUCUAUGAAAUAAAUCUGUUAAUAUCACUCAAAAUGAGGGUUUCAAACGAUAUUUCCAAGUAGAAAUUGGUGAAAAUCUGAUCUCUGUAAACAUUUUCUGAUUGCGAGUUCCUCAGUUUUUCUCAAAGUCUACGAAUUUCAAAUACCUUUGACCGAAUUCCGAUUCUCAAAAUAAUUAAAAGAGCUUCUUGCAUUAUCUGAAAGCACAGGCCCGUUGUGAACUCUCAGUCCUUUCAAACAAAAGCAAACACCUGACGUCAUCUGAAUUUCGCAAAUCCGCGGCACUCGCUCUUUCCCUCUCCUUCCCGAGAGCCAUUAACUGGAAAAGCGUAUGAAAUAAUUCGGCGGACAAUGGAAGCUGCUUUUGUAGAGAAACAAUGGCGACGCGGAAAGGCACUACUGCGCCUCGCAUUCAUUGCGUUAAUAUGUAAAUACAACGGUUCGUGAAAAAAUUGCCCGACCGCCCGCUCUUCGCUAAUAAUGGUGUUCAUUUUUAUUGCACGCGCGCGCACUGCUUUAUAAGAGCAGAGCAGGCAAUUCCGUUCUCGUAUUUUUCAUCGCUGAAAAAUGGCAUCAGUGCGCGUCUAUUCGCAGGAAAAAAGGGACGACAUGUCGUGCGCAAAUUUUAUUCCGCGAGCGCUUUUAUCGAUUCUCCAUUCUAGUCGUGCAUUUUUCAGUUUCACGGCAGGCCGGAGAGAUUGUUUCAAAACUGGUGUUUUUUCUCCUUCUAGCGGACAUAAAUUUUUUUGCAACCCUCGAAGUGAUGCAUGGCAUCUAGUUUUCCUCGGUGAUUUAUUUAUUUGGAAAAAGCUAGGAAUGGCCAGAGCUCGGGGAACGUGGAAAGUUUAUGAUCUACGCUUGCAAGUCGCAGUUGAAUUUUUGAAUAAUGAACGCGUUGAAAUGAAUUAUUACUCUCAGAGGCAAAAAGUAAGUGAAAUUGAUGAUGGAACAAUAAAAAAAUUUUUUUUUAUUGUAUUCAUAAUUUGCUUUAAUUCUUCAAAAUUAAUAAAUACAAAAAAAUUAUUUCACGUUCUGACAAAUCUUUAAUCUAUAUGAAAUCUUUUAAAAUGUAUAAAAUAAAAUCUGAAUUAAAUAAUGUAGAUAAUUAUCUCGCCUGCACCUGUUAAGGUAGAGGUACUUUUAAAAUCUUUCCCUUCCUGCGUAGUAAUUAACGGAGCGAAACGAAAUUUCCAGCCCACUAUUUGCCACUCUUUGACCUUUUUCGGUUCAAAUUAGGGAGGAGCGCGGUCGAGGCUCCGUUGGGGUCGAGCGGCAACUGCAGGCAGCUCCUCCCCACGGAUUCGGCCAAAGUUGCAUCCGAGGCGCCGUUUGGGACCCUCGGCUGACCCGAAACCUGUGGCCGCGCUGAUCUGCCAGAUCAUUAGGGCGGAAAACUUUGAUUGAUGCUGGCAGCAAACUUUUCACCCUUUGGCGAUAUGGGAGUUUUAUUUGCUGCCCCUUCUUCUUUCUCUCUACACUCGGGGUGGAAUUUUCACUGGAGCCGUUAAAAGAGAGCAGCAGCGAUUUUCUGGCGGAAAUGAUAACGGUUCUGAAAGUUGUUAGCUCGUCUCGCAUAAUUUAACCUUUAACUAUCCGAGAGAGUGGAAUUUGAUAAUUUUUUUAUUACUUUGAACGCCGAACAAUUAUUACUGGAGCGAAAUCACAGAGCCUUUGGCAGUUUUUAUUUUCAAUCUGCAAAUUGCGAACGUUUAAUCUGACGGGCACGUCACAAAACGCUAAUUAAUGAUGGCUAUCUAUCAGCAGACUAAUUAUUGCAGAUGAGCGCGCGAUUGCGCCGCCGGCAAAAGCAUUAGUUUCGUCGUUGUGACUACAUACAUGUGUGUGCUCGCGGCCAGGUGGAUUCAGAUUAGUUUCAUCAACAGAACUACCGCUCGGCAAGACACGAACAUUAGAUUAGCACAUCAUGCCUAAUCGGUCCUCGCAACAGCGCAAUUAACACGUUGCAGAUCAGCUAAUGGCGCACGAAAUCACAUUAAAUUCGUGUUUGCACAAUUUCGAAAAUUUAAAUUUUAUUUUAUUUAUUAUAGCAAGCAUUUUCCACAUUAAAAACACUUAGAAAUGUAAUUUUUAAUUAAAAUGCAACAUGCCGGACACGUCUGUAGAGCAGGUUGCAUAAAUCAAUUUGAUCUGAUGUGAUUUUAGAAGUGAAUCCGUAAAAAUAUUGUUGCGUUUUUAUUAAACUUUUGAACUUGCUGAGGUCAACCUUUGCUAAUGGAAAUGAUUGCAAACAAAAUUUCAAAUAGAAUAUAAAAAAGUACAGACCAUUUUGCAAUCAAUAAAAAAGUGGCAAAAACUUUUACCAGAAAUAAAUGAAUUGAAAAAGUCUGCCGUUAAUUUUUUUUUUCACAUGACAAUGGAAAAAGUGCGUAUUCCCGGAGUCAUGCAGCAGAGACCCUCUUCGGAAAACAAUAAUUAUCGGUGAAAAUUUCCCAUUCUCUCUCCAACUCGCGGGAUUCAAAAGCGUUUGAUGUUUGUUUGCGCGGCGCCCCUAUUCGGACCAACUCUCUUUUCUGCCGCGUUAAUUUUAAUUGGGUCUCGCGCACAAAAAUCGUCACUUUUUUUUUUUUGUGCUUCUGACGGUAAAAAAAUGUCACGGGCCAGAGGGGAUGUGCGGAGGUUAUUAUUACAUAUUUCGCGAUUAUUAGCGCAUCGACGGCGUAAACUGCGCUCGAUUAAUUAAUCAAUACGUAGCAGCCUGCGUGCUGACGUCAUUUGCACGUUUGUCAGCAAAGUUGCUUGGCCGGAAAAUGUAAAUGUACACACCCUGCACCAUUGUUGAGGAACAAUGGCAGUGAAAAUGUAUUCGGUUUGUCUGUGUUUGCAUAGAACACGCGGCGGUGCGGGCGCGAGAAACUUUCUCUUCUCGUCGGCAAAGGCGGAAUUAUUUUCCUCGCAGAAGAUUUUGAUCAAUUGAUAUGGCAAAGCGAAGAAGGGUGCGGAUGUCGCUUUCAAAGAUUUUAUCUCAAGGUGCAAGUUGCUGCAAGGCACUUUCCUGAGCCCGAAUUUUCAAAACGCUGGAAGCGACGUCCACACUGGGCUUAUAAAAAAAAAUAACCUCAAAGCUUGUAAUUUAUUUUCUUAUGGUUUUGUUAAAAAUAAAGUUAAUUUGAAUUAUAAAUUCACCUGCAAUCCUCAAAAGAAACUUAAUAAUUGAGAGCGAAAACCCUGUAAAUAGACGAGCUCGAUUUCAGGCUUAUUUCUCAAUAUUUCACACUUCUUCUUAAACUCACUAUUUCACAGAGGAAUACGCAAACAUAUGGAGGAAGUAUUAAUUAUAUCAACCAUGGUGACGAACAUUUGAUAGAGUUCCUCCCAUCAGCAAACCAAUUAUUACCGUAAACAUUUAUAUACCGAUUAUUAUACAGUCCCGCAUGAUUCGAUACUCGCCAACAUUGUAGUGUAGAAUAAACGUGUUUGUUUGUUUCACCGUGAAUUUAUAUAAAAAGGAAUUGAAACAUCAAUACUGAUUCUAAAUAACCUUUCACGUUGUACUAAAAGGAGAAUGUAAUUAAAAAGAUGUAUUUAAAAACUACAUGAAAAGUGACCCUGAGACAAACUUUUUAAGAUGUACUUGAGAUACGACGAGAAACCUAUUUUGUGUACCUGCUUCUUUGUAUAAUCAACGUGUGUAUGGAACACAUACAUUAUUAUGCACUUAUAAAUACUGAUUAAAAAGAGAGAGAAACUAAAGGAAAAAUAAUGUGUCUAGCCGGGAAAAGUGCGAAAAAUUGUUGAGUUCGGUGAAAGAGAGAGAAAGUGCACAUUUGUAUAAUCAAAACAGAAGCGGCUCGGCUUGUUGGGUUCUAAAUAGAGAUUUUCUCUCAAAAUAGAAGCAGUUUUUCAAACUCUAAUUCUACACUCUGAACAUAUUUUCUGUGAUUUCCUCUUUGAUUGAUAAGGAACCAAUAUUUAAGCUUAAUUAACUUUUAAGAGAAAUAUUACAUACGAGCGCUGGCUUUUGGAGAAGAAAAAUGUGACGCCGGGAGACGAUUUUUGAACGUUAUAUAUAUUUUCAGUUCGGCCCCCAAAGAUCCUGCGCUUUUAUCAAAAUUCGAUGCGAAAAAAAAAUCUUCUCCCCAGUUGAUAUUUUGACUCCGAGAGCCAAUUGCGCAAACCCCGAAACCCCCAAGAUGAAUCAAAACGAUUUGUUCGAGUUAGGAAUAAUUUUAUUAAAUCGAUUUUGAGCCACUAUAUCAUUAUGUGUUAACCUGUAAGCGCAAUAUUAUACGAGCUAGGACAACGCAAACUGGAAAUCUCAGUAAGCAACACAUACUUAAAAAUAUUCCUCCAAAUCUGAUCUCCUAAUUAACUUUGGAUUCAAGUUUGAAUAAAAUUGGAUUGCAUAACAUUUUCAGUUUUGGUGCUGUGCAAAAUCAAUGCGAUAAAAACGUUAAUUCACAACGAAGCGAAUUUUUUUAUUAAAAAAUAACGCCCAAAAAUGUACUCCAGUAUGUAAUAAAUUUAUGUGAUUUGCUCUCUCGUCACGAUGAUUUACAUUCGAAGAGCUGCACGCGCCGGUUGAAUAAAAACAUCAGGCCCGUCGGUCGAGUGCCCUCGAUGUUGUUCAGCGGCACAACAGGGUGCACUACAUUAAUAAUUCGCGGCGAACCGAUAAUUAAUUCAGGAUGGCCGAUUUUUGGAACGCAUCGUGAACAUAGAGAGUGUGUAAAUUUAAUUUUAAGCUCUAGAAUACGACACGUUAUAUUAUUAUUAGCGGGAGAGAGAGAAAAAAAUUAAUAUCCUGGAUGGAAAGAAUAUUAUACUAGAAAAAGUUAUACACACAUACAAUUGUAUAAAAAAAAAUUAUAUGAAAAGUCUCGCACGAACAUAUGCGCAAAAAUUAUCAAGAGAUAUUGUUAUUAUAUCAAUACCCACAUCACGCUAAGUAAGGUCAGAAUAUUAUUAAAAAAAUAUGAAUUACAUUAAUUACAAAACGAGAAUAUUAAUUGUAAUACGUAAACAUUGACUAACAAGGCAAACGUAUCGGGAUGAUUGUGUAAUUAUGUACUACGAGUAUAAUUCAAUAAAAUUAUU